CUAGCCUUUCUCUUCUUCUCUCUCCUCGGGAGCCUUGCCUUGGCCUCGUCCCUCCCACUCCUCCUCCCCACCCCCACCCCCAUUGCUUUUAGGCUAUAUAGAGGGGGAUUGGAUUGGAAAGGGUGCUCUCGGGGAGUUUGAACCCAUCAAAAACCCAUCUUUCUCUUCCCUUUCGCUCGCGACUCUCUCUCUCUUCCCGCCGCCGCCGCCGCCGUCUAGGACCAAAUGCGGCGAGAUCUGCGUCGCGCGUGACGUCGUCGUCCGCCGAAGCCUGCUCUCUUGUGAGUUCUAACCAGGGAGCGCUUGGUCUCGGAUCUCUCCGGUGGUUCAGGUGAAUAUUCGCAGUGGAGCUGGCGGUUCAGGUUCCGAGCUUGGGUUAGGAUGCUUUAUUUCCCCCCUCUUUUUUGCUCCUCGAUCAGUUGGAAUAGUGGAAUAGCUGAUUCUGUUCGGUGCAAUGUUGCUCAAGUGGUUUUGGUAUGCUCUUGGAGUUGGUGAUUCUACUCCUGCCCCCCCCCCUCCCCCCUCAAAAAAAAAAGAUUGGACUUUUUUGUUGCUUGGAUUCGGGGAUCGCAUUUCACUCUCUGAACAUUUUUUGAUGUUUUUCGUGGAGUUUGCAUUUAGGAUUCAGUAAAUAAACUGUUAGAAUAUUUCAACUAUAAGUUGGUAGGAGUUGGGACUGAUUUUCUCCCCUCCCCUUCAAUUUCGAUGUGCUCUCGAGGCCGACAUCUCGGCUCAGAGUCAGAGCUCCAUUCUUUUCGACCCUUGUUUUCAGAACAGUUUUUGGGACUGUCGGCAAGUUUUGUCGCGCUUUCGCAUCCGUAAUUUCAGGUCACUUGUCUUUUCUUGCAUUUUCUUUCAUGUGACCUCACGUUUUCGUCGCCCUCUUUUCCAUUUAUUUUUCCCUGAGAAUGCUUUUAACUGAAAUUGUACUACAAUCAAGGUUUAAUGGAAGGACAGUAAAAGGAAAAGAAAACAAACCUGCUGUGUGUGAGCUGCAGACUCCAAAAGGAUGGAUCAAUAUGAGGUCUUGGAGCAGAUUGGAAAAGGAGCAUUUGGUUCUGCACUGUUGGUGAGGCACAAGAUGGAGAAGAAGAAGUACGUGCUCAAGAAGAUACGGCUUGCGCGGCAAACUGAUCGAACUCGCCGGUCUGCCCACCAGGAGAUGCAGCUUAUUGCGACGGUGAGGAAUCCGUUCAUCGUGGAAUACAAAGAUUCAUGGGUAGAAAAGGGUUGCUACGUUUGCAUUGUUAUAGGUUAUUGUCAGGGAGGAGACAUGGCUGAGACUAUCAAAAGAGCCAAUGGUAACCAUUUUUCUGAGGAGAAAAUUUGCAAGUGGCUUGUGCAACUUCUCAUGGCUCUUGAUUAUUUGCAUGCAAAUCACAUUCUUCAUCGAGAUGUGAAGUGCUCCAAUAUUUUUAUUGCAAGAGAUCAAAGCAUACGCCUUGGUGACUUUGGGCUUGCAAAAAUAUUGACUUCAGAUGAUCUUGCGUCUUCUGUGGUAGGAACACCAAGUUAUAUGUGCCCAGAACUUCUUGCUGAUAUACCGUAUGGAACCAAGUCCGAUAUUUGGUCUCUAGGAUGUUGCAUAUAUGAAAUGACUGCUCUCAGGCCCGCAUUUAAAGCUUUUGACAUGCAAGCUCUGAUUAGCAAGAUCACAAAGUCGAUAGUAUCACCAUUACCCACGAGAUAUUCUGGUGCCUUUAGGGGACUUAUCAAGAGCAUGCUACGGAAAAGUCCAGAGCGCAGACCAAGUGCUGCAGAACUGCUAAAGCAUCCACAUCUUCAGCCUUAUGUGCUUCAAGUCCAAUUGAAGUCUAGUCCUUGUCGCAACAUAUCUCCAAUUUAUCAAUCUCUGACAGACAAAGUUAAGAAGAUGACAUUUCCCAACGAUAUAACUGAUUCUGUACGAAGAAGGGUGGCAAGAAGAAACUCUUUGGGAAAUGAGAGGACUGUAACAUUUUGCAAACCAUCUCCUGAGCGAAAAUCCAUUAGCUCUACUCGGAGCAUCAAAGAAUAUACAACUACUCAGAGUGUCAAAGAGCUGUCCAUUGACAGCAGUCAAGUUGAUGAGGAGGUUACCAGUAAAGCCAUUAUAGCAAAGACAUCAGGCAUUCUAAGGACUCCCAAGAGUACUCCAGCCAAGACAUUCACAACUAGAAAUCGGCUGGAUCCUCCAAAAACAUCUUAUACCAGAACAAAUCAUGGCGAGCUGCCCUCAAGAACACCUCUAAACAAAAGUGCUCGUACAGCUCGAAGAACAUCCCUCCCGCUGCCAACAUAUGGAACACCUAGCAAUCGCACCAUCAGCAUCCUCGACCAGCUAGACUCCCCAGAUGUCUCUGUCAACGCCCCUCGGAUUGACAGAAUUGCAGAAUUCCCACUAGCUUCAUCCGAGGAUCCCUUGGUCCCCACCAACAAGCUCUCUUCAGCUCAUGGCUCGUGCUCCACACCUCCCUUCAUCAAUCGGUCGAUCACCAAGGACAAGUACACAAUCCAGGUGUUACACACCGAUGGGGACAAUGGAAGUGACUCGUCGGGCCGCAACGCCACCGCCGCCUCAAGCCGGGGAUCCAACGACUCGAGGCUGCAGCGGUUCGACACCUCGUCGUAUCAGCAGCGUGCCGAGGCGCUGGAAGGGCUGCUGGAGUUCAGCGCGCAGCUGCUGCAGCAGGAGAGGUACGAUGAGCUGGGGAUCCUGCUGAAGCCGUUCGGCCCCGAGAUGGCAUCUCCGAGGGAGACUGCCAUCUGGCUCACAAAGAGCUUCAAGGAGACAACAUCAUAGCCUCUCUUUCUCGUUUUGGCAUCGGUAUGAUUGUCAGUUUUGUAAUGCAAUGCGUUUAGGUAGUUAAUACGAUUUUAGGACUGAAGUUUAAGCUGCCGGGAGGCAACACCACCUCAGUGUUGCUGUUGCCCUAACUCAAGUUUUCAUCCUCUAGCCAGUUUCCGAUUUCCAUAUAGGAAAUUCAGCAAUCAGUAGUAGUAUUAGAAUUGCAAGCUGAACCCAGGAUCUGGCAAAGAUCUUGAACAUUGUACUCUAAUCAUGUGUCACUUGCAAUCAUGUAGUACUAAAUUGGAGGUUUGGAGAUCCAGUUGGCUGGGUCUCCCCCAUCUUGGGCAAAGGUUGAAGAAUCCUAGAAACAUUCUUGGAAGACAGAGGAGACUCAACUCUAGAAACAUUCUGCGAAGGAAAAACCUCAAAAUUGAGGGUGAUGAUUUCAAUUUUGUUCCUUGCAAUCAAAACACAUAGGGGGCUACAUAUCAUCUGUUUUUUAAUGUACUUUUAGUACAAGAUGCUGCUCAUCGGUUGGAAUAACCUGGAGUCUUUCGGUCGAUUUCUUCAAAAUGAUUUGAGGAAGCGGCUCAAGGUUUUCAACAUCCUUUCUUCAUAGAAGUCUUGCCAUUGCCUCCUGGGAGAUCUGGAAGCAAAGAAACUCGAAUAUCUUUCGGCGAUCCACUCCUACUUAUAAUAACCGGAAGAACAACUUCAUAGACACCGUGCACUUGCAGCUGCACAGAAUGAAAGGCGCCUCUCUCUUUGUGAAUUAAUUCCUUUGUAUAGUCUAUUUCUCUUUUUAGGCUCCUUCCUCGGCCUCCGUCCCUUCGUCGACAGCGCGCCUAGCCUUAGGGGCUUGUGUAGUGCAUUUGUUGCUAUUGUGACCUUGUUUUUCUAAUAAACUUUUUUCUUUUAAAAAAAGGUUGAAGAAUCCUAUGCUUUGGAUACCCAGAUUC